AUGGAUUGGCUACACGUCUACAUCGCCGGAGCGGCGUUCCUGGUCUUUGCCCUCGUCGGCCUGGUCAUGGUUGUCUCAUCUCAGCAAUUCAAGGUUGACUUAAACAAAGGCGUAUUUACUUGGCUCAAAUACAUCUAUGCGAACAUCCUCAAACCGCAUGAGAAGAGUGCCGAAGGCCAACAGGGUGCACUGGAGAGUUUCUACAAGACACAGGCAAGCAUUUACGACGCUACCCGCCACCGUCUCCUUCAUGGUCGCGAGGACAUGCUCGGCCUGGUGGCCGCGCAGCUGAAGCACAAGGUCGAGAGCAAGGAGAUCAAGUCAGGAAAGGCAGUCUGGGUGGAUGUUGGCGGUGGCACUGGAUACAACAUCGAAGCCAUGGCCUCUUUCGUCCCCGUCGACAAGUUCUUCGAUCAAGUUUACUUGGUCGAUCUCUCCCCUUCCCUCUGUGAAGUUGCUCGCCAGCGCUUUGAACGUCUUGGAUGGAAGAAUGUCACCGUUAUCUGUCAGGAUGCCCGGUCUUUCCGUCUCCCUGAGCGUCAGCUCGAUCCCAAAACCCCGACCGGUGCCAAGACCGAUCGCGUGGAUUUGAUUACCAUGAGCUACAGCUUGUCUAUGAUUCCUGACUAUUACAGCGUUGUUGACUCUUUGACCUCGCGCCUCAAGUCUACCGGUCUGCUGGGUGUUUGCGACUUCUAUGUCCAGAGCAUCGUCGAUGUUUCUACCCGCAACUACACCGGUGGUGCUUUCAACCGCCACGUCAACUGGCUUGGUCGAGUAUUCUGGCGCGCUUGGUUCGACUUUGACCGCGUCAGCCUGGAGGCUGCCCGACGUGACUAUCUCGAGUACAAGUUCGGAACUGUCAUUUCAGCUAGCGACCGCAACUACCUACUUGGUGGUAUUCCUUACUACAUCUUUGUUGGUUGUCCCAAGGAAUUUGCUUCUACUCCCACGGCCCAGAACACCAUCGAGAAGCUGGAUGCUUCAUUCACGGAAUCGCCCUAUCUGCUACCGGCCAACCAUCAGAAGGAGAUGGAAAAAGCAGUCGAGAAGAGCUCGAAUGAGAUCCGGUCCAAGGCAUACGAAUCGGCCGUGAUCAAUCUGAGUGCCAACCUGCCCCUGCCUUCGUCUUUCUACCAGAACCACCACUACCGUAUCCACUACAAUGACAUGCUGCCCAAGCACACUCAGUUCCAGAAUGAAUACAUCUACGCCUUUACGUGGGAAGACCCCCGCGUAGACCACCGUCUCUUGAACAUCGGCUCUGAUGACGUUAUCCUGGCUAUCACCAGUGCCGGCGACAACAUCCUGGACUACCUUCAGAAGAACCCUCGACGUGUCCACGCCGUGGACCUCAACCCGAACCAGAACCACCUUCUCGAGUUGAAGGUGGCCAGCUACACCGCACUGGGACACCGGGAUAUGUGGAAGAUAUUUGGUGACGGCAAGCACGCACAAUUCCGUGAGCUGCUCAUUACCAAAUUGAGCCCCCAUCUGUCCAGCCAGGCCUUCCAGUACUGGCUUGAGCACACCCAUGUUUUCACCUCAACUUCUGGCAAAGGCCUGUAUGAGACCGGAGGCUCUCGCCAUGCCAUUCGCAUGGUGCGUUAUUUGUUCAACAUCUUCGGACUCCAGGGUGAGGUGCAAAAGAUGUGUGAGGCCCAGACUCUGGCCGAGCAGCGGGAGAUCUGGCCUCGUAUUCGCAAGGUCCUUCUGAGCAAACCUCUCAACUGGGCCAUCGUGAGUACUGAGUGGUUCGCCUGGAAGGCGGCUGGUGUUCCGCGCAACCAGCGCAAUAUGAUCGUCGAUGACUUCUUCAUCCGCAACGGUCUGACUUCGGACAUGAAGCGCAGCAAAGAUAUUAGCGGCCAGUCAAUCUGGGAAUACGUUGUGAACACCCUGGACCCUGUCGUCAAGGAAACUCUUAUCAGCAACGACAACUACUUCUACUACCUGUGCAUGCAGGGCAAGUUCUCUCGACGAUGCCACCCCAGCUAUCUGUCUCCCCAAGCACACGUUAAGCUCUCUACCCCCGGUGCCUUCGAUGGCCUUCGCAUCCACACCGAUGAGAUCAACGAGGUCAUCAACCGCAUCACCCCUGGUACAUUGACUAUUGCAGUGGUCAUGGACUCAAUGGACUGGUUUGACCCCACCGAGGACGCCGCUUCAGAACAAGCUCGUCGGUUCAAUCAUGCUCUCAAGAAGGGUGGCCGCAUCCUUCUUCGCUCCGCUAGUAUCGAGCCUUGGUACAUUAAGCACUUUGAAGCAAACGGCUUCGUAGCCCGUCGCGUGGGUGCCCGUUUCCCCGGUACUUGCAUUGACCGUGUCAACAUGUAUGCUUCAACUUGGAUCUGCACCAAGCAAGAAGACGUCGUCCGCCCUAAGAACGGACGCACAAUGUCUGUCCUGUCCCUCGGUGACAGUGCAAUCGAAAUGACCAAGCGGUCGAACAGCGUCGAGGAUUUGAAGAUUUAA